AUGAAAAAUAACAAUUAAAAACAUAAUCCACAAUGGAAAAUGUUAGAUUGCGAUCUUAUUAGUGAAGAGUUCGAAGAACAUCAUCGCAUCUCAGUACCUUAAUUUCCAAAAUUCAAAAAGCCAACGUACAAUUCAAUGCAAAUAACAAGUAAUGUCUAAUACAGAAUUAACGUUUGUUCCCCUGCUAAAUUAGAUGAUACUGUUUCAAUUAGUACAAAGAAGUCAACUACAAAUGUACAAUUUUUGAUAUAAUCAAGCAGAGUUAAGCUGGCAGCUGCAAUUAUAUAGUUAACCAUUACAUUUAAUAAAUUAAAGAUCAUUUUAAUAAAAAUACAAGAAACAGAGGCCUAAAUUAUAAGAAACUUAAUAUCCUAAAAAGCAAAAGCCAUCUAUAUGUUAGAUAUAAAAUGGGCAGCCAACUAUACUGCAUUUCUAUAAAAUCAACAUUCAACUAUUCCUCUUGAAAUAUCAAAUAAUAAUCUGUUUGUUGAUGGUGAUAGUCGAAAUCCAUAUAGAUAAAACCUAAAGUAAGAUUUGGAUUUUGUGUUAAUGAAUCGAAACACUUGGCAAUUUUUAGUAGCAAUUUACGGAGGAGGACCUGAAAUUACUUAUAACGAUUAUUUAGGCAUAAAUAAUGAAUCUUAAGUCAACUCAAGGGAAGGAUCUUUAUAGAACAUAGAUAUUAGCACUUAUAAUAGUUAAACAUUCUAAAAAUAAAAAUUUAUAUUACCAGCAAUAGGUUUAUAUAAUGAAAACAAUUACUGUUUUCUUCAUGCAGCAUUACAGAGUUUGUUGUCAAUAGAAUAGUUGACUUGUUGGGUCUCAAUUGAAGGAAAAUCAAAAAGGCAUGAAGAUUAUAAAUGGAUUUUAUCAUAUUAUGAGAUCAUAGAUCAAAUAUAAAAUUGUAAAAAGGGUCAACAUGUGAAAAUUGAUAUAUUGAAGAAACUAAUUAAAAAUCAAUUCGCUCCUAAUUUAUAACAUGAUUGUUAAGAAUUUUUAUGUUAUUUAACUGAACAAUUAAACAAAGAGCUGAAGUAGAAUAAAUAUGAUUAGGCCAUAACUGAGAUCUUAUUUUAAGGAUAAAUGAUGCAAUAAAUUUAGUGCCAUAAAUGUAAAUAAACUUCUUCGAAAUUUGAGUCAUUUUUUGAAUUGUCUUUAUCUAUGAAUAAUAUGAAAGGAUUAAAAUAAUGUUUAAGCUAAUUUUUUGCCUAAGAAGUUCUGGAUGAUGAUUAUAUGUGUAAUCAAUGCAAUAGAACAACUAAAGCAAUAAAAAAAUAUAUGAUAGGAACUGCUCCUUAAUUUUUGAUAAUUCAUCUCAAACGAUUCUAAGAAAAGAAGUUACAUAACUAUAUAGAAUUUCAGAAUAAUUUAGAUAUAACUGAGUUUUGUUCUGUUAAAGCACAAUACAAAUUAAAAUCUGUGAUUGUACAUUAUGGAACCUAAGAAAAAGGCCAUUAUGUGAAUUUCUCUAAAAUUUAAGUUUAAUUAAAGUGGUAUUAUUUCGACGACCAUCGAGUCUAAUUUGCUAGAGAGUAAGAUGUUCUAAGACAAUAAGCUUACAUUCUAUUUUUUGAAAGAUCAGAUGAAUAGUUACUAUGA